AUGCCCAAUUUCGCAUCGGGCCUCGUUCAGGUCUCCUUAAUCCUGUUGAGUCGGCCGUCUCGCUGCUUCAAGAGGAUGUCGCGCGUGCCGUUCGCAUAUCCAACUCUGAUUAAAGCAGACCCGGUGUACUUCUUGAGCUUUGAAGGCGGUGAAGAAUCUGAGAUCGUUGAGAUUCUUGUCGGACCCAAAGCUCGUGAAGAUAGAGGCCAAGUUGUACUUUCACCAAGGACCCUCUGCUUCUCCGGGAAACUUAUUCGCUCUACAAUGAGGGUAGAAUUUGUCAAUUUUACCAAUAGUCUUCUUGGAGUUGCCUACGUGGUCUUUUCUGAUGUUGUAGUUAAAGCCUUCGUUGAGCCAGUUGAUGAGAAUAAUUGGAAUCGGCGUUUAGACGGUAAUGCAAUCAAUGAUACUGCACAACUAUUUGUCAUUGGCUUUAGAAACUGUUUAAAUAGUAGUGGAGAAUUGUUUCUUGAACGUCACAAAGUAGUUGCAGAUUAUGGAUAG